CUUGCACAGUCCUGCAACAAUAAGUUGCUCCAGCUCUGCAAAGCUUCUCCGCUGUAAAGAACAUAACUGUCUCCAUGUCCUUCCCCUAGAUAGUGGGCACAUAAAAGAAGUCAUCGUUGCAGGAGACCAUGUUUUUGAAAACCCAAAUGGCAGCGCUGAUGGGGAAGUCGCCGAAGAUCCAGGGAAUCCUGAUGAUCAGGAGCAGGAUCUUUCCACAGAACUGAUAAAGGUCAAGCUUCUCGUUAACAAGGACGGGCGAUACGUAUGCGAACUGUGCCAGAAAACGUUCAAAACAGCCAGCAUCCUCAAAGCUCACAUGAUCACUCACAGCAGCAGGAAGGACUACGAGUGUAAACUCUGUGGAACCUCCUUUAGGACAAAAGGGUCUCUGAUUCGGCACCACCGGCGUCACACCGAUGAACGACCUUACAAAUGCAAGAAAUGUGGGAAAAGCUUCAGGGAAUCGGGAGCUUUGACUCGGCAUCUGAAAUCCCUGACACCUUGUACUGAAAAAAUUCGCUUCAGUGUGAACAAAGAAAUAGUGGUCAACAAGGAUGAUUUGCCAGCAGGAUCCUGUAGUUCAAACACAGACACGGUUUCAUCCAUUGCGAGUGAAUCCCUGGAGUCCCCGCCUGUGAUUCACCUAGUGACAGAUGCAAAAGGCAACGUUCUCCACGAAGUUCACGUCCAAAUGCAGGAACUCCCUGUUGUUGAUGCAAAAGCUCUGGACCAAGAGCCGACACCUCCUGAGGAGCAGCCGUGCGAGGGGGACGCGAACAGUGAGAAUCUGCUGCGGCAGGCCAUGAGGAAUUCCGGGAUCGUCAUCGAGAGGGUCGCUAUGGAAGACGUGCAGAAGCCAGAGGAACCUGCUGGGGCUGCUGCGGAAGAACUAGAAAACGAAGUGAUGGAAGCAGAUGAGGAGCCGUGUGGGGAGCAGUGUGUGGAAACACAGCAACCACAGUCUACAGACACAGAAAGAACAAACGGAUGCAGAAGUUACAGCUGCCCUCACUGCAGUGAAGUCUUCAGUGAAGCUACAUCCCUGGAAACGCACAUCAAGGGACACUUAGAUAACAAGCCUUUUAAAUGUGAGAAGUGUGGCAAAGAGUUCACAAAAGGCUAUCUGCUAAAAAAGCAUCAAGAAGUGCACGUGAACGAGUGGCGUUUCCGCUGUGGGGAGUGUGGCAAGCUCUACAAGACCAUUGCUCACGUCAAGGGGCACCACAGGGUGCACUCCGACGAGCGGCCCUACCCCUGCCCCAAGUGUGGCAAGCGCUACAAGACCAAGAACGCGCAGCACGUUCACUACACCCGCGGCUUCCGCGAGAAGGGCUCGCUGGUGCGCCACAUCCGCCACCACACGGGCGAGAAGCCCUUCAAGUGCUACAAGUGCGGCCGGGGCUUCGCCGAGCACGGCACGCUCAACAGGCACCUCAAGACCAAAGGUGGCUGCCUGCUUGCUUUGAAGGAGGUUAAAGAAGUGAUGGUGCCUGAGGAGAGUCAGUCAGCCGACAACUUAGCUGCAACGGUCAUUUCUGAAGAUCCUCAUACAGUUCUGGUGGAAUUCUCAUCAGUGGUGGCAGACACUCAGGAGUACAUCAUCGAGACUGCUACUGAAGACAUGGAGACCAGUGAAGCUGCUGAAAUAAUAGAGGGAACAAGACACGAGGUUGACAGCCACAUUAUGAAGGUUGUGCAACAAAUAGUAAAUCAAGCCAACUCCGGCCACCAGAUCAUCGUGCAGAACGUUACUGUGGCAGAGGACGCGGCCGUGAGCCCGGACGCCGCGGACACCAUCACCAUCGCCACCCCCGAGAGCCUCACGGAGCAGGUGGCGAUGACGCUGGCGUCUGCCAUCGGCGAGGGGGCCGUGCUCACCACCGAGGGGGGCAUCGAGGCGCAGGAAGCCACAGUGACAAUGGUGGCGUCCGAGGACAUCGAAAUAAUGGAGCACGCGGGGGAGUUUGUGAUCGCCUCGCAGGAGGGGGAGGUGGAGGUGCAGACUGUGAUCGUCUGA